CUGAGCGUGUGGGGCCAUUUUAGGCGUCUCAGCCAAUAGGCGCUCGACAGCAUACGGGGCCCGGAACCACACUCGAUCGCACCCUCCCCCAAUUACACCACAAAUCCAUCCAUCCUCUUCCUCUCCCAUCUUUAAAGCUGCAUCCCAUCUCCCCUCACCGCCGCGGCGAGCCAGCGACGUCUCGCCUCCUCCCACCCCGGUCGCCGUGCGCGCCAUAGACACAAGAGCCGACAGCUAGAUCGGGAAAUCAGGAUGGGUCGCGGCAAGGUGCAGCUGAAGCGGAUAGAGAACAAGAUAAAUCGGCAGGUGACCUUCUCCAAGCGCCGCAACGGGCUCCUGAAGAAGGCGCACGAGAUCUCCGUCCUCUGUGACGCGGAGGUCGCCGUCAUCGUCUUCUCCCCCAAAGGCAAGCUCUAUGAGUACGCCACCGACUCCAGCAUGGACAAAAUUCUUGAACGUUAUGAGCGCUACUCUUAUGCUGAAAAGGCUCUUAUUUCAGCUGAAUCUGAAAGUGAGGGAAAUUGGUGCCACGAAUACAGGAAACUUAAGGCGAAGAUUGAGACCAUACAAAAAUGUCACAAGCACCUCAUGGGAGAGGAUCUGGAUUCUCUGAAUCUCAAAGAACUCCAACAACUGGAGCAGCAGCUGGAGAGUUCACUGAAGCACAUCAGAUCGAGAAAGAGCCAUCUUAUGAUGGAGUCCAUUUCUGAGCUACAGAAGAAGGAGAGGUCACUGCAGGAGGAGAACAAGGCCCUACAGAAGGAACUGGUGGAGAGGCAGAAGGCGGCGGCCAGCAGGCAGCAGCAGCAGCAACAACAACAACAGAUGCAGUGGGAGCACCAAACCCAGACCCAUACCCAAAACCAACCCCAAGCCCAGACCAGCUCAUCAUCUUCCAGUUUCAUGAUGAGGGAUCAGCAGGCCCAUGCCCCUCAACAGAACAUUUGCUACCCGCCAGUGACGAUGGGUGGGGAGGCGGCAGCGGCGGCAGCAGCAGCGCCGGGGCAGCAGGCUCAGCUUCGCAUUGGAGGCCUGCCUCCAUGGAUGCUUAGCCACCUCAACGCUUGAGGAAGGAAGAGGUUUAAUUUCCAAAGCAGCUGAAACAGCAUUAAUCGGCACACUAGCAAUUAAGCUGCUAUGGUUAUGUUUGCUUGCCCCUACCCUUAUAUAUAUGAUUUGCAAGGUAAAAAAAUGAGCAGAGAGAUCAGGAAUGCUGGUUCACUGUAUAAUUUUGUUGCAUGUUCAGCAACACGUACCAGUUGAUGCAAACAUGCAUGCUUAGCAACCAACCAAUUACCUUAGCAUGGAUGACUUGCUUGGCUUAAUUAUGGAAAGCUAGGUUGCGUGAUGACGUGUGUAUAUAUAUGAUAUAUUUUUAUAUUUUAUCUGAAAUCUAAAUGGGUGAAUGAAUAAGGCCAGGUUCAAGGCUGUGAGAUCAGCCAUCCCUUGGCCCCGCUGCAUGUAAUUUCUGCCAACAUGGAGGCCCUAGAGAUAAAGCCAUCUCUUCGUGAAGAUGUAUAUACAUAUGGUUCUAGAAUCUAGAUAGAAAGGAAUGUCACAUCUAGAGGAAAAAUAGGCAAUAAUACUGCAGAGACGUCAACACUAUCUCUACCAUUGUGUAUAGCUAUGCUUUUGUUUGUUUUGUCCUAUAAGUGAUACCAGAAUGUACAAACGAUAACAUGCAUUCCCUGCCUUUCUUGUGUUUUAAUCCUUUCAAUGAAUAGUAGUUGUUUUUCUUCA